AUGUCUGCUGAGAUACACUUAGUUGAAUUCAACUGCCAGUGUAGAGAGGCGGCAGAUAAUGAAUUCCUUAAGCUUAGAAUGUUUUCCAGUUCUCUUACUAGUACUUCCUUUUCUUGGUUUACUCACUUACCACCAAAUUCAAUUCAAAAGUGGAAAGAUAUGCAAACUAAAUAUCUUCUCCAUUUCACUAGAAUUCAAGCAGGGGUCAAUAUAGGUGAUUUAGCCAAGAUAGUGCAAGAAAAAAGAAAGGCUACAGGGGAUUACAUUCAGAGAUUUAAGAACACUAAGAUUAGAUGUCACUUAAACAUACUUGAGUCAGAAUUCGUGUUUAUCGUUCCAAAGGUUUUGUCUUUUCCUUUCAGGAAAAAGUUUGGAGGACAAUAUUUCCCUGAUUUUGUUGCUUUAUCUAGCGCUGUAAUGGCUUAUGAAAGAUGUUUAGAAGAAGAGUCUAGAUCUAAACAUAAAUAUUAUGCUAGUAUGGCUGAAGAGUAUAAUAGGGAAGAUGAUAUGUAUGAGGCAGCGAUAGCUGAGUUUGUACAGGGUCUUUCAUUUAAGUGUCCUCCUUUAAAUAACAAAAAUUUCACUUAUAAGAAAGAUUUGAGAUCUGAUCGAAAGAGAGAAUACACCUUCGAUAUUAGGAGAUUUGAUGAAAUCUUUUAUUGGCUUCUAAGUCAUAAAAAGAUUAAGUUAUCAGGGAGGCAUAAAACAAGAAGUCCUAAUGAGGUUAAAGGAAAUAACUACUAUAAAUGGCAUGACGUUGUUACUCAUAAAACUAGCGAUUGCAUAAUAUUAAGGAAUAAGAUUCAGGAUGAGAUUGAUAAAAAACACAUAAUAUUCCCUAAUGAAAAAGUUAGUUCUUGUGAAGUAGAGUCAGAGUCUGCCUCAAAGUCUGAAGUUUAUGAAAUGAAUUGUUUUAUGGUAAGUGCUGACGUGGAUAUUGUGCAGGAUGCAAUACAAAGACUGAAAUGGAGACGAUUACUAUGA